UUUUGUUCGGCGCCCGGAGCGCCGGGGCGUGGAGGCGGUAACGCGCACGCGCGUUGGGAUCCGGCCCGGGCCGAGCGCGCGGCCCGACGAUUGCGGGUGACUAGCAUGCAGAUAACCAUUCUCUGACCUGCAGCCCCUCAUCUGACAUGGCCCACCGUGGUGGGGAGAGGGACUUCCAGACUUCAGCGCGGCGCAUGGGCACCUCGCUGCUCUUCCAGCUUUCAGUGCAUGAGCGGGAGCUGGACCUGGUGUUUCUGGAUCACAGCUAUGCCAAGCCAUGGAGUGCCCACCCAGAUGCCAGUAGUGCCCGCCCCACCCGCAUGCUCUUUGUUACUCCCCGGAGGCAACACGAAAGUCCCAUUGAGUCGGACGUCCCAAUAGACGUGGAGACAAUCACAUCGACCCCUGUGCCACUGUAUGACAAUCAGAAGGCACGCAGCGUGAUGAACGAGUGUGAGCGGCACGUCAUCUUCGCCAGGACCGAUGCGGAUGCCCCUCCCCCGCCAGAGGACUGGGAGGAGCACGUCAACAGGACUGGCUGGACAAUGGCCCAGAACAAGCUAUUCAACAAGAUCCUCAAAGCCCUGCAGUCUGACCGGCUGGCCCGCUUGGCCAACGAAGGGGCUUGUAACGAGCCCGUGCUGCGCCGUGUUGCUGUGGACAAGUGUGCAAGGAGAGUGCGGCAGGCUCUGGCAAGCGUGAGCUGGGACACCAAGCUGAUCCAGUGGCUGCACACCACCCUGGUGGAGACCUUGAGCCUACCCAUGCUGGCGGCCUACCUGGAUGCUUUGCAGACACUGAAAGGGAAGAUCCCCACCUUGAUUGACCGGAUGCUUGUGUCAUCCAACACGAAGACCGGCGCUGCAGGAGCCGAGGCCUUGUCCCUUCUGUUGAAGAGGCCCUGGGACCCUGCCGUGGGGGUGCUUUCUCAUAACAAACCAAGCAAACUCCCCGGCUCUCCUCUCAUUCUCAUUGCCUCCUCUGGACCCUCCAGCUCCGUGUUCCCCACCUCACGCCGCCACCGCUUCUGGCAGUCACAGCUGUCCUGCUUAGGCAAGGUCAUCCCUGUAGCCACCCAUCUGCUGAACAAUGGGAGUGGGGUAGGAGUUCUGCAGUGUCUUGAGCACAUGAUUGGGGCAGUGAGAAGCAAAGUGCUGGAGAUUCACAGCCAUUUUCCCCACAAACCUAUCAUCUUGAUUGGCUGGAAUACAGGAGCUUUGGUGGCCUGUCAUGUGUCGGUGAUGGAAUACGUCACUGCAGUUGUCUGCCUCGGGUUUCCUCUGCUUACCGUGGAUGGCCCCAGAGGGGAUGUGGAUGAUCCUCUCUUGGAUAUGAAGACUCCAGUCCUCUUUGUCAUUGGUCAGAAUUCCCUGCAGUGUCACCCCGAAGCCAUGGAGGACUUCCGGGAGAAGAUUCGGGCUGAGAACAGCUUGGUGGUGGUUGGGGGAGCUGAUGAUAAUCUCAGAAUAAGCAAAGCAAAGAAGAAAUCAGAAGGAUUGACUCAGAGCAUGGUGGACAGAUGUAUUCAGGAUGAGAUUGUGGACUUCCUGACUGGAGUGCUCACUCGCGCUGAGGGGCACGUGGGCUCUGAGCCUCGGGACCAGGAUGCUGAGAAGAAAAAGAAGCCCCGGGAUGUGGCCCGCAGAGACCUGGCCUUUGAGGUCCCUGAGCGGGGCAGUCGACCUGCCUCACCAGCUGCCAAGCUGCCUGCCUCACCCUCGGGCUCAGAGGAUCUCUCCAGUGUGUCCAGCAGCCCCACCUCCAGUCCCAAGACCAAAGUGACCACGGUGGCCUCUGCCCAGAAGUCCAGUCAGGUCGGAAGCACUCAGUUGCUGAAGAGACACGUCCAGCGGACGGAGGCUGUGCUGACCCACAAACAAGCCCAAGCACAGUUUGCUGCUUUUCUGAAACAAAAUAUGCUGGUGAGGAAAGCUCUUCCUCCCGGCACCUCCUCCUGUCUCUUUGUUCCUAUUUCAUCAGAACAAACGGAAGAAGCUGAGAAAGAGGAUCUCAGGGUCCAGCUGAAGCGGCACCAUCCCUCCAGCCCUCUUUCUGGCAGUAAGACUCCCAAGCGACCCAAGAUCAAGGUGUCCCUUAUCUCCCAGGGGGAUACAACUGGGGGGCCUUGUACUCCCCCCCAAGGAGGAGCUCCAGAAGCCACAGGAGGGAAGCCCAUCACCGUGGCGCUGGGGCAAGCUCCAUCCGGGGCCAAGGAGCUCGCAGGACUUCUCACUACCAGCAAGUCAAGUGCUUCUGAAGGGGGAGUCUCAGCCAGCCCAGUGUCCUCAGUGGUCUCCAGCAGCACUGCACCCAGUGCCUUGCACACACUCCAGAGCCGCCUCGUGGCCACCUCUCCUGGCAGCUCCCUCCCAGGGGCCACAUCAGCCAGCAGCCUCCUCCAAGGCCUCAGCUUCAGCUUGCAGGAUAUCAGCAGCAAGACCUCUGGCCUCCCAGCAAGCCCCUCCCCGGGGCCACCCCCACAGGCCACCAGUGUGAAGUUGCCCACCCCCAUGCAGAGCCUGGGUGCCAUCACCACGGGCACCAGCACCAUUGUCCGUACCAUUCCUGUGGCCACCACUCUCUCCUCCUUGGGUGCCACUCCUGGUGGGAAGCCCACAGCCAUCCACCAGCUGCUGACCAAUGGGGGCCUCGCUAAGUUGGCAAGCAGCCUCCCUGGCCUGGCUCAGAUCUCUAACCAAGCAUCAGGCUUGAAGGUCCCCACCACCAUUACUCUGACACUGCGUGGCCAGCCCAGCCGAAUCACCACGCUGAGCCCCAUGGGUUCAGGAGCAGCGCCAGAGGAGCCCACCUCCCAGGCGCUUCCCUCCAGCUCACAGCGCCUGCCUCCAGCACCCUGAAGAUGCCAAGUGAUAUGUCCUCCUUUACCAGUUCCUGCAUCCAGAAACCCUGCAGGUCCAGAAAAGCUGAAGAAGAGGAAAGGAACAGCAAGUGACGUGGCUUGAAGGGCUUGCCAGUAACUCCUGUGGUGAAAACAGUUUGAGCUUGAGGCUUCACUUCUGGUACCUGAGGAGCUGUUGAUUCAACUGGAGAUGAGAAGGAUUUGCCCAACCAGGGGGAAGAAACCUCAGCCCCUGACAUUUCUGUCUCCAGUGCUUGGAAGUGAAACAGGGAUAACCGCUAGGUUAACACCACGGCCAUCCCAGGAAGCGGAGGCAUCAGGACAAUGAAAGCCGUGCUUCAGUAUUUCUGUUCCAUGUGACUUUUGUGUCUUCCUGCUUAGAAGUGGAAGGAUUAUUGACAUUGACUCUGCUGUGCAAGGCUCUUGGUACCAGUCUGAGCCCUGGAGGUAGAGGUCCCUGGAAAAGUGAUCACUGAAGAUGGAGCUGUGAGCCCUUCCUUAUGGCUUCACAAUACUUGUGUGCAAAGGUAUUUUUAGAUUUGGCUUAGAACCUAUCCUCCAGAGCAGGCUCCCUUCCCUUCCAUACUUUAGAAUAUUUCCAGCCAAGGUGAUAAAUAAGGCAACUCAAAUGUGACUCUUCAGUAUCUGUAGGCAGGCAGGGCCCACAGCAUGCCGUGGCUGGACUUGUGAUCCAGGGUCCUGACCCAUGGUGCAGCGUGUAUCCAAUCCAGGCCACCUGCUUUCAGUCCAGGAGCCUCACCUCCAGUAUGAGUGGCAGCCAGGAGGGAGCACACAGUGUGCAGCAGUAUCAGACAAGGCAGAUUAGGGUGGUACAGGCAGGGCCGGGGGAUGUAUACGGUAGGAGUGGAGAGGGCAUCUUAUACACCAUACCCUACCUCCCUGACCUCCUGCAGAGCUGGUCUCAACAGUGAUUCACACAAAAUUAGGCCACAUUCUUGCAUUAGCUGGUAAGUGACUGCUUUCUGAAAUUCAGGAGGCAUUUAGUAGUUUGAGGAAGAUAUGAAAUCUGAAAGACAUCCAUGGGCCAGGGGUUUGAUAACUUCACAGGUAGGAUAAUAACACACCAGUAGGAACUAAGGACAGUAAGACUGUGAGACUAUAUAAAGCUUUUAGGAAUUCUUUAAGACAAGUUCCUGAACAACCGACUUAUGAUUUAGGAGUGCAGCUGAGUUAGUGCUGGAUGGGCUGCUUUUGAAAGAUGUUGGCCCAGCAUGUGCUGGGGCCAGAGGAAAAACUAAUGCGUUGUCUUGCAUUUGUGUAAAUCCUAGUGUGCUUCCCGUGGGUGGUUUUCUGAGGCUUGGGUUGUACACCUUGAAGAAUGCCAAAACUGGAGGAAAGGAGUUGAGAGAACACUGAUUCUUCUGUACCGUGGAGGGACAGGCUAAACGGGGAAGUGUUUAUUAAAGUCUAUAGAAUCAUGUUCCCCAGUUCUAUGCUUCUCCAGCCACACUUCUUGAAGUGUGAAAAGGAAGCUUUCCUCUAUCACAUAGCAGACCCAGGGUCCGUAGCUUCAGAAUGUGAUGCUACUGACUGAAAAUGUAGAAGGAUCAAGAGGGCUUUAGUUAAGUUCUUGGGUGACAGAUGUGUGUUGAUGCCCUAUGGAAGAUGUCCUUGUGCUUUGAGAAGAGGUCACUGAUAGAGGAAGACCUUCUGUUUGUUCUUGGGCCCCACCACCAGAACUGUCUUGGGCUAGGUGGGUUAUAGAGCUGAGCUGCUGUGAUGGUUCUGUUCUUACAUUAGCCAAAACAAUUAAAAAUAAAAAUAAAAACAAUUCUUCAGCUUGUUUUCAGUUGACUUCUUAUGUUUAUUGUGGUAGCCACACAUUGAAGUGGCCCAGAAAAUAAAAGCUAAAAUAUUGUUGUACUGCCAAUGAUCAUCUUACUGAUGCCUGGUGCCAUGAGGUGGGUACUGUAAUUCCCUUUUUACAGGUGAGGAAACUGAGACACAGAGAAGUCCCACAGCAGGAAGUGGCAGAAGCAGGACUGAACCCAGGCAAUCUGAUGCCAGUGUCUCUCUUCUACUCUGUGCUGUGCUGGGGUUCUGAGAUGGGAGACCGGAAGUGGAGAUUAGCACAGGAGGUGAGGAGAUGGUGACUUGGCCUUCAUGUGACCCCUUUCAGUUUACUUCCCACCAGACCUAGAGUGAUUGCUGCUGUCCUGCUGGGCUCUUGGAUGGGCCUGAGUCAGUAGGUGGGGGUACCCUGCCCUUGGUCCUGAGAGAUUGAAAUCCUUUUGCAUAUCCUAUACCUCUACCACCCUCCAAAAAAUAAAGACUUAGAGAUGGAUGAAA